UGUACAUCUGUUUGUCAUUAUCCCAAGGGGCGUUGGACCUCCAUUGCUUCAUAGCCUCGCUGCUCGCAACUUCUCUUCCUCGUUGCUCCGUCCCUUUCUCAAAAAGUUUCCAUCUUGAAGUUGCAGGAAAGAUGGUGAGCAGUUCUGCUCAAAGUCUCUCUCUGCUGAUCUUGAGCAUAGUCUUGACAGUGGGGAGAGGCGGUGAUUGGAAUAUCUUGCACGUCAAUCAAAAGGGUGUUCCUCAUAUCAGUAUCAAGAACUAUUGUGAAAGUUGGAAGAUCAAUGUUGAGCUACACAAUAUCAGAAAGUAUGGAGUCGUUCCUCAAGAAUGUGUUGAGUACAUUGGGAAAUACAUGACCUCGACCCAGUACAAGACUGAUGUUCAGAGGGCCGCAGAACAGGUGGUCCUCUAUAUCACAGAGAACUUUGUGUUAGAUGAAGAUGGCAAAGAUGCUUGGAUCUUCGACAUUGAUGACACUCUCUUGUCAACGGUCCCCUAUUACAAGAAUCACCAAUUUGGGGGUGAGAAACUGAACAUCACGUUGCUAGAGAAGUGGAUGAAGAGUGGCAAAGCUCCACCCUUGAAGCCGACGCUGUGCCUUUAUAAUCAUAUCAAAAGGGCAGGGUUGAAGAUCUUCCUUGUGUCUGGAAGAAACGAACACUUGAGGGAUGCAACAGUGGACAACCUUCUCAAAGUUGGCUAUGCAGGAUGGACAAGCCUCAUCUUAAGGGGAGACGAAGAUGCUGGCAAGACCGCAGAGUCAUUCAAAGCUGAGCAGAGGAACAAAAUUGUAGCAGAGGGCUACCGCAUCUGGGGAGUUGUUGCAGACCAGUGGAGCAGCUUACUAGGGUAUUCCACCGGCCUGAGGACCUUCAAGCUACCAAACCCCAUGUAUUACGCACCAUGAACCAAGCUCUAACACCCUAGAAACCACUAUUCCCUGUAUCAAUAAGUUGUCCCACCGUAGACCCGAGAGCAUGUGCAGCAGUGUCCUUCAUAUGUAAUGCUUGGAUCUCUCUCUC